AUGACGGGGCCCACGUCUUCCGACGAGUUCGCGGUGGUUAACAUCUGCCGGAGCGAUGGCCAGGACAGCGGUCCCGGUUACUGGCCAGCCCCGGCUGAUGCUGCGAAGAAGAAGGCGCCUUUGGACAAGGUACCACGGGCGAAGCCUCACAUGAUUCGGCUAGCCGAAGACGACCCAAGGUUCCAGGAGUGGCGUAUCAAGCUGGGAAUCUUGCUGAAGCAGGAGCUGAACCCAACAGAAGGCCCGUCAUGGCUCCUCAACUUCCCGCGGGGAUACUGGUUAUACGAAAAGUCUAAGCACCUUUGGGUAUCAGGCUAUCCCGUCAAAUCCAAGCUCUUCAAGAGCCCUCAAGAGUUCGGUCUCCACCUGCUGUGGCUCCUCUCCAACUCUACGGACCGGAUGGACUGCCGGUGCAUUCACUGCAACGUCCGAGAGAUGCCUGCCCUCGAAGAGCUGACCGUGACGGAGAUCCCACGUCCGGUACCCGGGCCGACGAAUGCGCAGCCCCCGUCCAAGAUGCGCAAGAUUACGCCGCAGAUGCCGCUCAGUCGCACUGCUUCACCAGCGCCAGCAGCGGCGACCCCACCAAACCCGAAGAAGGAAACGCCCGUACCGGUUCCGACACCCGCGCUGAAGAAGGAGACCCCCGUGCCGGUGCCGUCGAUACCGCCUCGUGCCGUGCCCGUCCCGGCUCCGGCUCCAGCCCCCGUCCAGACACCGGUCCAGCCGCCACAGGUUCCAGUACAGGUCCCGGCACAGGCGCAGCCACAGCCACCACCGCAGCCACCGGCGCAACCCCCGGCCCAAGCCCUUCAACCUCGAGUCCAGACGCCGGCACAACAACCCCAGCAGCCUAUAGCCCAGGCACCCUACCAGCAGCAGACGCAGUUCCCUCCCUAUCCUCAGCAGCCGCACAACCCGGGCGCCUUGUUUCGCGUCGGAGAGAUGGUUUGGCACCAAAUGUCCAACGGCUGGCGCCUUGGCGUCGUGGCAGCUACGGGCAUCAUCAACCCCAAGAAUAGCAAACCCGAGGCGCUCCAGAUCCUCCCUAUAUCCCAUUAUCUCUUCGGCCAGCUUCCGGUGCAGCUCAUCGAGGCGUCAGCCCGACCUUUUCUUGCCUUCUCCGUACCAAGUGUGGGCAUACCAGAGCUGCAGGGCAAGGCGUACGACGACGUGCCGUGGCAGCAAUUCCUUGGCAGUCUGAACCCCGAAGACACCCACCGCCGCGAGGUGAUACUGUUAGAUUCGUCCAAGAUGGCUGCUCAGAAGAUUGGCUCGUCUUACUCAUUGUUUACCCGCCUUUCGACAACCGAAGACGGCAAAAAGACAGACUACCAGGGCAUUUUCCUUGGCGCGGAACGCGUCGAGCUCGGCGACGUCCUGCGUAUUCGUAUCACUACCGAUCAGCCGGGGGUUCCGGAGGCAGCUACAAACCUGUCGGACGCUCUGCUUGGCCUUCGAGAGAUUUGCACCGCGGUGGAUAUGCCUGGCGCGGUGUUCUUCAAGGGUGACAUCUAUCAGCCCAUCACAGGCGAUAACAAGCCUGUGGGCGGCAUGCCCGUGACUGAGGACAAGCUACCGCGCCCCUUGCGCGAAGAGAGCGCCUUCCGAAACAAGUUUGCGCCGGCGGAGCGCUGGCGGUGCGUGCUUCUCCGGCACAACGCCGUCCUCCGCGAGGGCGAGCUCAAGGGCCGCUUCUAUCCAACCCACAAGCUCCUUCCUCUGCUCGACGGCCAGCAAAAGGUGGGCGCCGAGGUGCAGCAAGGCAUCGUUAGGGACGCGCAGCAGCGGCUCAACCAGCGCAUCGACGGAUUCAAGACUGGUUACAUUGGGCGCAAGAGCACGCGCGCCGAGACGAUUGGUCCCGCGUUGCCGCCCGGCAGUGCCAUCCGCUUUGGAAACGAGGUACGAGAGGAGACAGAGGCCUAG